GUUUGAAACCAGUGUGACAAUCAGUAAAAUAUAUUCAAGACAGUUGAUAUUAUGUUGAUGGAUUAAAUAUUUUGUAAUGUAGGAAAAGAAACCAGAAUCUAUCAUUUUUACAUGUAUUCUUUAUGUACAGAUAUAGAAAAUAUUUAGAAAGAGAUACCAACGUACCGUGGUUCCAAAAUCGACAUGUCGCUAUAUAAAUGUACCUUAAAAAGAACUGCUCAAGUAAUUGUAUAUGUAUUCCUGGUUUUGAUUGCAUGGAAAUGUUUAGGCAACAUUUAUACAAAAACAAUUUUUUAUGAGAGGCAUCAAGUUCUUGACUAUAAUACAGACAAAGAAUCAAAUUUUGGGCAAACCUCUUCUUCCGGAACAUUUGAUCUGUCACCUAUUGAGUUAAUACGCCAAGACUGUGGUGAACUUUGUGAUACAGAUCGCCCUGGGACAACCGGACCAUACUUUGAUCAUAUCACUGCUAAAAUAAAUUGUAAUGCUUUAUUUACUAACAAAUAUAUUGACCGAGAACACGGUCAAAAGAAAGCGCCAAAAGAAAUUCCGAAAGUACUCUGGAACGAAUUUACUAUGAAUAAUCGUUUAGAGGUUGUGAGUUAUUACUUUGACGAACACUCUUUAGGAAAGAGAAAACAUAUUUCUGUGCCAGUAUGGACACAGUCAGAAGUAAACGGUUUGAUAUCAAAAGCCAAAAAGGGUAGACUUGUUGGAAAUUAUGGUGUAAACAAUACAAAUGCCCUUCGUGAUGGGUUGAAGCAUGCACCAGGUGUAAAGAAUGGACGAGUUCUUGUAAUUGGUUCCGUGAAGCCUUGGGCAGAAGCAUGUGUCCUGGAGGCAGGUGCACGAGAAAUUGUUACUCUUGAAUAUGGUAAAAUAGUUUCACAUAUUCCAAACGUUAAGACAAUGGUACCAUAUGAAUUUAGAAUGGCGUAUUUAAACAAAACAUUAGGAGAAUUCGAUGCAGUAGUGACCUUUAGUUCAGUUGAACAUUCAGGACUUGGAAGGUACGGGGAUGCUUUAAAUCCCUGGGGAGACGUAAUUGCAGUGGCAAGAGGUUGGUGUGUAACCAAAGAAGGUGGUUCUCUUACAAUAGGAGUAGAAUAUAACAACAAUCAGGAUUAUAUAAGAUUCAAUGCCGACCGUUGCUAUGGUAAAAUCAGGUAUCCUUAUUUGGCAACAAACUGGAAUCAAUUUUAUAGAGGAUACUCGGGAAAAGGCAUACAGAGAGUUCAUGUGUUUACAAAAUAAAAUAUACUGAAUUAGAACACUCAAACCUGCAUGGUGUGAGAUCCAAAUCUUUGAUUUUCUCUGGACAAUGAAGAGAAACAAUCAAGGAAGGAUGAAAAGCAAAUGGAAACAAGAGUUUCGGUCAAUGAAUGUAAAGGGUAGACAUUGACGUCCAUCGCUUUUAUAGUGUAAAAUGUAGAUAUUGCCUUCCCUUAUUUUACAGUGCAAAGAUUUCGUGAUAUAAGAAAAAGACUAAAAUUACAGAAAAAAAUGCUAAUUUUACCAGACAUGCAUACAUAAAAAUAAGCCAUCAAACCGAGAAAUGGAUAACGGGAAUAUCAUUGGAAUGGUCGAAAAAUAUACAACACAAGUUAUGCUUCUUUACAAGUGCAAUAUGUAGCAGUUUUGUGUGUACGUUUGACCAUUCAUAGAUUAGUCUUGUUAAACAUACGUCAAAUCA